AUGCCUGUCAAGUUUGACAGCUUAACUGGUGGGCCUUGCUUCGCAGGGCCACAUGGUCAAACGGCAGGCUCCGUUUGGAAGUCAUUGAGCGGGGUGCUUGGUCUAGGCUUCGUGUUGUGGAUUUCUGACGGCGCCCGGGCAGUGUCGGCCGUGAGCGUCGCUGAAGUAGAUGGGCGCAUCUACGCCGUGCAAGUCAAAGCCGGCGUAGCCGGUGUGGGCGGUGUGGGCCCAUGGGUGGCCACCAAGCAGGCAGUCGUCAUAUGGCUUCCUCCCCAGAGGCGCCUGCGGGACGAAGGUGCGAUGGAGAGCGCCAGGGCCAUGAGCAGAUCGAAGUGGGGUUUCUCAGCGUGCUUGUGCCCAUGCAUUCGCCCGCAUGCAUCCUGUUUCUGUACUGCGGUGCCACUCACGUAUUGGCAGGCUGUCGACGCAGAAGGCUUUGAGGGGCUUCACGCCGGGACAUUACCGUGCACCUUCAUAUCACGUCUUGAAGAGUUGGGUUGGCAAAAAGUCUACAAGUUCAACAUGAUUCCAACUUGUCAUGAGGGAGAAGGUGGGAGAGUCCAAGAUGCCGAGUGCUGGAAGCAUCGGGCAGAGAGCAGCGUUGAAGAGAAGGAGGUGGAGAGGCCGUUGAUCGCGGACGGCCAUGUGGAAGCGAUGUGA